GGAUUUAGUGGUAAAAUAAUAAAACUAAACAAUUUCCUAUGAAAAUAAAGGUUAUUUGUAGUUAUAGUGACAACCCAGUCUGUAAAUAUAAUUGUGUGCUGAUGAAGAUUUAUAGGUAUUUCUUUGAUUUAUAGGCUAUCGUGGCUUGUGGUAUGAUUACGUUAUUGGGUUACUUUUUUAAUCCUGCGAUAUUCAAGCAACUACGCACGUUUUCUUCGUUCGUAAAGCGACUUCGGCAUCACGAAGAUAUGCCAAGGUAACCUAUAAAUCCCUCUUCACUAAAACAGACCACUGUCCCUUUAAGGGCUAAGUGGCAGGGCUAGCCGAUGUAUGAUUAGCCGACCGUGCCUGCCUGCGCUCCCGCUGCCAUCCCCAUCAUGACCCCCACACAGUCGGCACAACUGAGGAUGAACGGACCAGCCAGGGACCCUUCCCUUACCGGAGCGGAGACGAACGUCAAGCCGAAGCAGAGGCACCGGUAGAGGCGAGCCGCGCCGGGGAGAGCCGCCUCACAUCCCAUGGCACCCCGGUCUCCUCAUGCCUUCGUCUAAAGCCAAGUACAACUACUCGAUAAAGAGGGGUGCGAACCCGGGCGGAGGCGGCGGCAGAAACAUGACAACGGACAGGGAUUAUUCUGUAAAUCUGUCGGUGCAGCAAGUGCUGAGCCUUUGGGUUCAAGGCACGACGCUGCAGCACUUCACAGAGAUGUGGUACUGGGUGUUCCUGUGGUGUCUCUUCUCCUCGCUCUUUGUCCACGGGGCCGUGGGGCUGCUCAUGUUAGUCAUGCUGCAGCGCCACAAGAGGGGCCGACUCAUCACGCUGGUGCUGGCCAGCGUGGGUUUCCUAGCCUCCCUCUCCGGAGGCGUCAUCACCAGUGCGGCAGUGGCGGGGGUUUAUCGCGUAGCAGGGAAGGGCAUGGCACCACUGGAAGCUCUGGUGUUUGGUGUGGGCCAGACCACCCUCUCUGUCAUCAUAUCCUUCUCCCGCAUCCUGGCCACUCUGUGAAGAAGACCUGUGACGAGAUGAAGGAUGGACACUAACAUGGGAGUGAAUGAAUUGAGCCGAUCAGACUUAAAGGUGCUCAUCGUGGCUGGUUUGUAGAAGUAGAGGAGGCAGAAAUGCUCUGGACCUUUAGGGCAGGAUGCUGGACAGAAGAUCCUCUGUUGUCCCUGGUCUGCUUCUGCCAGUCACACUGCAAUUCAAAGGGAACUCAGUGCAAGCAUCUUCAUGUCAAAGAGCAGCACCAGGUUGAGACAGCGCUAUCAUCAGCUUCUGGACUUGAAAGCCAUGUUUCAGGUGUUUGCCAGAGUCACAUCAAUUCUUUGUGCCAACGGCCUUCUCUGGGACAUCCAGAUGUCUUUGUGACUCUUGAAGGCUUUCUGUUGCACUCAUGGGAAAAACUGUUUUUAAAUAGUGAAACAACAGCGACGAUCUGUAAUAAACAUCUCAUGAUCAGCAUGAGAAUAAAAGCUGAACAGUGAGGAGUGUUUAGAGAGUCACAACCCAACAAUGUCCCUCAUCAAAAAACACCUUCUUCAUCAGUAUUAAAUAUCAGCCUCACCUCUAGAUCUUCACUAGGCUUGAUGAGGAUUGAUGAUCAUGAUUGUUCCUUUUACUUAAACAGCCUAAAAGCUGUAACAUCCCACUCACGAGCAAGAUGCAGCUUUGAAUUUUGCACUUCGCAAAUGUUGGAGAUGCUCUUUGCCUAAGAAGCGUGAAAUCUGUAGACGUGGAGAAGAAAACCAGCAGCGCUACAUUUGUUCUGUUGUGUCAAAAUACUGAAUUGUAGUGUGCCAACAAGAACUCUGAUUGCAGUUAAAGGAAUGCUUUGACAUUUAUAUAAAUGAAUGUCUGUACAAUAAAUAUUAAGCUGGAACCAGGGAACAGUUAGCUUAGCUUAGCACAAAGAUCGUGUAUGUUUAUCCAUACAAAAAAUGUAAUAUUUAGCAGAUUAUUGUUCUUACACUUACAGCAGUUACACAUAUUAUAUAAGGUAUAAUGUUUUAGGGCUACAACUAAAAUUUACUGUAUUUUUAUCAUCAAUGAAUCUGUCAGAUUUUUUUCUCCUCUUAAUCAACUGGACUAUAAAAAAUGGUGACAUAUACCCAGCACAAUUUCAUCUAAGAGACGUCUUCAGAUGGUUUGUUUUGCACUGCCAACAGUCCACAGCCCAAAGAUUAUUAGUGUAUUAUCAUGCUACUGUCAGAUUCCUACAUCUGAGAAGCUGUAACCUGAGAAUUUCAGCUUUUUUUCUUUAAAAGUGACUCAAACUAUUACUUGACUACCAAAAUAGCUAACAAUAAAUGUUCUAACUAAUUGAUCAAUUGUUGCAGCACUGAAUAUGUUAAUUUAUUAGCUUUAGAGGAACUGGUCUGCAGAUUUAUUAUUUUUUUUUUUUUACCUCUUAACAGAUUCAUUCUAGUUCUUGCUCCCUGUUUCCAGUCUUUAUGCUAAGCUAAGCUAGCCUAACUGUCUCCUGCUUCCAGCUUCAAAUUACCAUACAGACAUAGAAGUGGUAUCAGUCUUCUUACCUAACCUGCAAGAAAAUGAGUAUUUCCCAAAGUGCUUUAUUUUUCCUUUAAUGCAGAGAGACAAAGGCCUGGUCGAACCCUCAACAGUGCAGCCUUUAAUUCAGGUCUGAUUAGCAUAAAAUCAGAUCUCUCUUAUUCAGGUUUAAAGGAAUAUGUUUGGAUAUUAAAAAAGGAUUGCUUUGUUGCUCUGACAUAUUUUCAGACAAACUAUUCUGUGUCUGAGUCCCAGUGCAGAUUUUCUGUAAUAACGUUGGAAUCCAGCACUCCUUGGUUUCUGCGGUGCUACUAACAUUGUCUGCACCACCAUGGUAUAAAUGACUCCCCUGAGAAGGUCAGACUGAUUCUGCUGUUCAGAUCACCAUUUUUCUAUGGCUCCUUUUUUCUUUUUGUUUUGUUUAUCAUCCCAUGUUCCUCAAGUUUAACUUGGCAUAUUGCACAAAAUUUAAUCUGCCUUGUUUAGCACAGUGAUGAGAGUACUCUGAUGAGACUUAAUCCAGAUUUCACAGCUAUUAUACACAAUAAAAGACUAAUAAUCUUGUUUGGGUAAGGCAGACUGUAAAGGAUGAAUGUGUCUGAGGAAUGUGCUACUGAAACUACCUGUUUGAGUUCUUCACUGACAGUGUUGAAGAACAGAAAGAUAUACUGAUUUUAUGUAAGUUUAAUGCUCAUUACUUGGCCUCCAGGUCCCAGAUGUAAAGGAGUUAAGUUGUAAUGCCAAAGUAUCAUUCUAGCUUUAUUUAUAAUCUGUCUCUUUUUAUUGACUUCACAUCCAUGGCUUAGUUGUGUUGAAACAUUUGCACAUUGACUCGGGUGUCAAACAGCCCCCAGGCUAGUGAUAAAAGUCUAUGAGUUGAUAUGAAUUUAUCGAAAAUAGUUGGUGUUUGUGUUGUUAAGUGUGUGCGCUGUGAGAUUAUGUAGCUCUUAAGGUAAACACUGUAUUUAUCAGUUAUGUAAUUGACACAGCUCACCUUCAGUACCAGCGUAGUGCACAGGAGGGCGAUAUUGCACAGAACUGAAGCACCAGCGAGGGCCAGAAUGCUGAAAGAUCAUUGUGGAUUUGAAUAUGGUGAAAGUGCUACAGAGUUUUGAUACAGAUCACAUGUUUUCUGUCCAACCUUUCCUCAGCAUUAAAGUGUGAAAUUAUGAUAUGGAAAAUGAGAAGUCACCUGAAACCCCACUUUUUCUCCACUGAAUGCUCUGCACACUGUCCAAACCUCUCAUUUUGAAUGUUUUAGCAAAAUUUUCAGGGACCAAAUGUGAGUUGCUGCUGAUCACUCACCUGCUGUCAUAGCAACGAUUUCUCUGCAAAGCUGUUUGUGGGGCAGUUUCUGCAUGUUUUAUGUGUGUGUAUGUAUGAUUCAUAGGAAAUGUGACGUGAGCCUUGUUGCUGUAUUCGCUGUCGACCUGUGUGGUUGUGCAUGUGAGUUGUAAAACAAAUAUUAAUUUAUUUUCUUUCAUUAGUGCCGUUGUUUGCAUUCCUCAGCGGACCCCUAAAGCGUCACAAAGGGUUAGGACCUAAUUGUAGGCGACGCUGUUCAGAGGAGUCCUUGCAGAAGCUCACUGAGAAAUGUCUUACAUAAUGUGUGAACAAUGGCUUUUCUGCAGAUGGACCUGCAAGGACUGGACUGAAGUUGUUAGAUCAGUGCACUUACUGUACAUCCUGAACUGUGUAUAGCCAUAAUGUACAAAAAGUCUCCAUCAGAAGAUUGUGUGUCACAACCAACAGCCAAUAUGAACAAGCUAACCACUGGAUAGUAUUUUGUUAUUCGCAUUGUUGGAGUGCUUGCACCCAGUGCCGUGAUCGGCCGGGAGGAGUAUAGUUUUUACCCCACACCAACUUCAGCCAACGUGUGUGAAAAAGAUCUAAGGACACCCAGCAAACUAAUAAACACCUCUGGACUUAUGAAAAUGCCAUCGCACUGCAGCAAGAUUCCCAGCUCAAUAAUCCCGUCUCAUUCACAGGCUUAUAACUAAAGCUGCCCCCUCAGUCUGCUGUCGU